CGUGAUCCAGCAAUCACGAGGGGGUUUUGGCGCAAAGACCCCUUCGUCCAAGCACACAGCGUGGGAUGUAGCUCCCCCUGCCGUCUGACCCCCAAACUGGCAAGCAGUUCGUCGACGCGAUAAACGACACGGGCGCGCGCCUCUGCCGAAAUGAGAAGAGCAGUAGACAGCAGCAACAGCAGCAGCAACAGCACCCCCACACAAUCCGCUCCGGGGCUGGCGAAAACGCGGUGCGGGAUGGACAGAGGAGGGCGAGCCGCAAUUGGGACUUUGCUCUGCCCUGCCCUGGGUCAAUACAGGCCAGGGACCGGGAAAACACGGUUAGCCGCGUGGUUCGUGUAGGGUCGUCUGGUCGAGAGUGUACCCACGGGGCCAGAAAACAGGCCUGGCCGGGCUCGGCUGGCUGAGAUGAGAUUGUAAUGCGCUGGUGUGCGAUCGCGGCGGUUGGGGCCCCCUGACGUUUGACAGGUGGAAGUUGCCGUGCAGCCGAUAACUAAGAGAAGCUUUGUUUACGCAAACCUUUGCCUCCCCCUUUUGUGCAGGCUCCAGAUCGACGCGGGGCCCUGUUGUGGUUGGGCGUGGGUUGGUGGAUGGUAGUCAAAAGUCAAAGUCGAGCUAGGUCAGAGAAUUGUACUAUAGCACAAGAUACACGCCUGCCGCAUACGUUGCGCUGUUGCAGGAAG